AUGGAUUCCCUCGGGAUCGAUUCAUCGAUCGAAUCGAUCCGUGAAGAAAUCUUGAAGUUUUCAAUACGGCUUUCUCCUACCGCAUCUCUUUCUUCACCUACCGUAGUCCUUCUCGCACUGUCUAACAACCACAAAACAAUUUCACUAAUCAAUAUCUGCUUUGUGGUACUGUCGAUCGUAUGUUUCUGUUUGAAGACACAUCCCUAUCUGCGAAUACCGGACAUCGAUAUCGGCUCAUUGAAUGUUACUCAUCCGAGGACAGUAUACGUCGGUAAAACGGCGACCAGGCCUCAUCCGUCGUUUUUCUAUGUGGAAUUGGUAUGCAAUAUGUGGUUUUCGGGUGAAUUUCUAUUACGUAUGCUAUUCUGUCCUAAAGUUGGCCCAUUCCUCAAGACACCCGUGAAUAUUAUUGAUUUUAUCGCCACGAUAUCUUUCUACAUCGACUGGGCUCUUGACAGUGCGUUGUCAGGAGCGAAUAGAGAUUCUGUCGAAUUCUUCUCAAUUAUACGGAUUCUCCGAUUAUUCAAGCUGACACAGCACUCAGUAGGCUUGAAAAUACUCAUACAAACAUUCAAGGCAUCUGCACAGGAGCUUUUUCUGUUGGUGUUCUUCGUUCUGCUCGGUAUAGUCAUCUUUGCCGCACUUGUCUACUAUGCCGAACGGGUCGAAGAUAACCCUGAGAACCAAUUUGAUUCGAUUCCUGUCGGAUUAUGGUGGGCCGUGAUUACCAUAUGUACAAUCGGAUUUGGUGAUCUG